AUGCAAUUCAAACUCACUGCCGCCGUGCUCGCCACACUCCUCCUGGACGUGGCCUACUGCGGCACCCUCGCGGUCCGCAACCCAGCCACCAUCCUCAGCGACCUGACCGUGAUCUCCGGCGACAUCGCGCAGCUCACCGCAGCCUUCAACGGCUUCACAGGCGAUCUGAGCCAAGCGCUGGCCACGCAGGCGCUCGAGCAGCAGCUCGAGACAGACAUCGACAAGGCCACGGGCGACACGCAGGCCAGCUCGGCGCUGUCCAGCGGCGACAGCACCAGCGUCACCCAAGCGCUGCUGGGGCUGGAGCCGGAUAUCAAGGGUUCGCUGGACGCGAUUGUGGCCAAGAAACCCGAGGUCGAGAGCGCCGGCGUCGCCAGCCUCGUGCUGUCUGACCUGCAGGCCCUGCAGACCAAGACCGAUGCCCUCUCGUCGGCCAUCCAGGGCAUCGCCACGGCCACGGACAAGCAGACCAUUGCCUCUGGCACGGCGAACAUUGAUGCUGCCUUUGUCAGUGCCAUCGCUGUUUUCACUUAG